CCUACAGAGCAGUGGGAUCCAGAGUGGGUGGCUGGGUGCUCUGCAGCCUGCCGGCGCCCACAGCCCUGCCCUUCCGGGCCCACCCUAGGCAUCGAGGAGCUGUGCCAGAAGCGGGAGGAGCUGUGCCGCCAGAUCCAGCAGGAGGAGGAUGAGAAGCAGCGGCUGCAGAACGAGGUGAGGCAGCUGACUGAGAAACUGGCCCGAGUCAAUGAGAACCUGGCCCGCAAGAUCGCUUCUCGAAACGAAUUCGACCGGACCAUCGCGGAGACAGAGGCUGCCUACCUCAAGAUCCUGGAGAGCUCACAGACUCUGCUUAGUGUCCUGAAGAGGGAAGCUGGGAACCUGACCAAGGCCACCGCCUCAGAGCAGAAGAGCAGUGGCGGCAAGGACAGCUGACGCGGCCCCGGGUGGGGAGAGGCCUCUCUCCAUUGCACCCGUCAACGGCUUGGCCCCCAGCAAGUCCGUCUCGAAAGCUUCUUUGUUCUUCAUGGCAGUAGCUGCCUUUUCUCACUGUCUUGGGAGCCACGGGAGACAGCUGCCAACCUCCACUGCCCCUGGAUGACAAGAAAAGCCCUGGGGUACAGCCCACCAGGUGGGGAGCCUAGCCAUGCGCUCACGCAGGCAGUAGGGAGGGCAGGUUCUGGGUCAGCUCCACUUGGGGACUCUCUGAAGCUCCCACACCUCCUGGGCUGUGGGAAGGCCCUGCUUCUAGCCUUAGCAUCAUGGGAGUCCCCUCAUGUUGUCCCUCUGCCAGCAGCUGCCCAGGCCAGGCAAGUGGGGGAGGGGCUGGGGCCUUCCCUCACCUCGGAGCCCUGGAGGCCUGUGUUAAUAAAGGUUGUCUUUGUGAAGGUC